AUGGCACCUGCAUCCGCUGCCUCAUCAUCAAGAGCGCUCAACGCAAUCCUGCCGCUAAUCGCUGCGGGACAACCAUACGAGGCGCAUCAGAAAGCACGCACAUUCGCCUCGCGGUAUUCCAAGUCAGGGCAAUAUGAUACCACCAUAGACGUCCUCUUUCAGUCCGCGAGAGAGCUGUUGAAGGUGGGCCAGCAGGGCAGCGGCACUGAUUUGGCAAGCUUCCUGCUGGAGGUGUAUGAUAGCAAUGGCGAGGAGGUCAAUGAGGAGAGCCGGGGACGCUUGACACAGUUGAUUGCGCUCACGGGUUCCGAGGGUGCAUGGCGAAAGACGACGAUCGACAAGGCUGUUGCAUGGUCAGCCAAGCAUGGCCUAUAUCCCGCCGGCGAUCCUGACUUGCAUCACUAUGUCGGCGAGCUGCUGUACAAAGAGGGUGCAUUUGAUGCUGCGGAGCCACAUCUUCUAGCUGCAGGGAAGCGAGACAGCGCGCGACUCCUUGCUCAUAUGUUUGCUGAGUGGGCUUCAGCAACAACAGGCGCGACACCCGGAGCAUUUGCUCUACACGGAAUAAUACCUUAUCUGCAAAAUGGGAACAUCCUUGCAGCACGCACGUUCAUCACCGAAUUCGUAUCGCAAAUUACGACAAUUAAGCCGUCACUUCUUUCCUCGCUGCAGCCGAGACCUAUCUCUGUGAGCAAGGAGGGCACUAUAGACGAUAUCGUGUAUACGACAGAUUCCGUCAUGAACUUUUCGCAAUUGGCUGUACGAACUUGCCAAAGAGCACAAGGGGAUCAGAACAAAGCGAUGCGGGAGGCCUGGGUGCGGCUGUGCGGGACGUAUCAGAGUAAAAGUGGACUGCUGGCUGUCAGGGGAGUGAGGAAGACCUUAAUCGACCUAGCGGAGCUCUACUUCGCUAUCCCUCCACCACGGACACAGCCAGCGAAUCCCAUGGCAGACAUGCUCUCUGCUAUGCUCGGCGGCAGCGCAUCUAGUUCAGCGCCUGCCCGACGGGUACUUUCCCCCCUGCCGCCGAGCAGCUCCCCAGGAUUGGACUAG